GGGAGCAUGCGCAGUGGGCGUUGCUGCGCCGCCGCCCAUCAGCUGAGCGUGCAGCCCGGGGCUGGGGCCCUGGGUGACAGUGGCCGCAGGAGGGGCAGGAGGCCCAGGAGGUCAGGGUGACUACUUUGAAAUCUACACAGCCGACUAACAGCUGAUGAAAUUAGCAGAUCAGCCAUGUCUUACACUCCAGGAAUCGUUGGAGACCCUGCCCAGCUGGCCCAGCGCAUCUCUUCCAACAUCCAGAAGAUCACACAGUGUUCUGUGGAAAUACAAAGGAGCCUGAAUCAGCUCGGGACACCCCAAGAUUCCCCUGAAUUGAGGCAACAGCUGCAACAGAAGCAGCAGUAUACUAACCAACUUGCCAAAGAAACUGAUAAGUACAUUAAAGAAUUUGGAUCUCUGCCUACCACCCCUAGUGAACAGCGUCAAAGGAAAAUACAGAAGGAUCGCUUAGUGGCCGAAUUCACAACAUCACUGACAAACUUUCAGAAGGUCCAGAGGCAAGCUGCUGAGAGAGAGAAGGAGUUUGUUGCUCGAGUGAGAGCCAGUUCCAGAGUGUCUGGUGGCUUUCCCGAGGACAGCUCAAAAGAAAGGAAUCUUGUGUCCUGGGAAAGCCAAAUCCAGCCUCAAGUGCAGGUGCAGGAUGAAGAUAUCACCGAGGAUGACCUGCACUUGAUUCAAGAGAGAGAGUCUUCUAUCAGGCGACUUGAAGCUGAUAUCAUGGAUAUCAAUGAAAUAUUUAAGGAUCUGGGAAUGAUGAUUCAUGAGCAGGGAGACGUGAUAGAUAGUAUAGAAGCCAAUGUAGAAAAUGCAGAGGUGCACGUUCAACAAGCCAAUCAGCAGUUGUCAAGGGCAGCCGAUUAUCAGCGGAAAUCCAGAAAAACCAUGUGCAUCAUCAUUCUUGUCCUCGUCAUUGGCGCUGUGAUUGUCAGUGUCGUCAUCUGGAAGCUGAGCAGCUAGUGGCCAGGAAGCACACUUUUGCACUACAUUGUCUGGUCGCAUGGGGAAAGUCCCGUAACCAUAUUUUUAUUAUUUCAAAGCUGUUGCAUAAAGGACAGCUAUUCUUUUGUUAUUUUUAUGGAGGGUGGGGAUAAUUUCCUUUGCAUUAAAUCCAGUAUUUUCUAAUAAUGAAAGUUUUUCUAAAUAUUGCUGGUGUAAUUCCCAGGCUUUUGGUUUUUCAUAACUGCUAUUUUUUUCCCGCAAAUUGUAUGGAUUUUUCAUAUAUAAUUUAUUUAUCCUGUUUGAUUCAGUUUCUGGAAUUUGUCAGUUUAAAGCUGUGAGUGUUUUGUGUGUAUCUGUCUGUCACUGUAUAAAAUGUACCCAAAUUUGUGUCACUUUAAUUAAAAAUCUCACUUUUAAUUUUUUAUUUGGACCAAUAGAGAAAUACUCUCCACACCUCUUAGAACUUACAUGUCUGUUUGUGACUUUUGGUCUGGCUCACAAACGGCAUGGAGGAUCUUUUUCAUUCUUUUACUGUUGGUUUUCUUUUGAGGCCCCUGAUUACUCUGAAUGAAAUCAGUGAAAAAUGUCCUAUUGUAUCUCAUACUCCUGAUGUGUAUAUAGUAAGCAUUAGCUGUAGAUGGCCUAGUAAAGAUACUAAGGACAGACUGUUUUUAUAUAUGAUAUGCUCAAGUGUGAUAUUUGCAGAGGAAAUAGUGAUACUGUGAGUGUUUAAUGUCAUUUGGAGGAAGAGAAUGAAACUAAUACCAAUACUUACUAUGCCUCACUUCUAAGGAAUCCAGUCUUGUAGUCCACUAAACCCUGAACACUGUCACAUGCCCUUGUAGGCUAUUGUUUACCUUCCUGCAAGGACUGUAAUGUAAUGACAGCCACGAAUCUGUGAGUCAGAAUUACUUUUGGGAAAUAACUUUCCCACAGUUAAUUAGUAUUGGACAACUAAUGCUUGAAACUUAGUGUUAAUGUUGUUUGUCACCUGUGCCAUCCUUCAUUAGAAAAGGAAUUGGGUGUUUGCAAAUUAGCUCCCUCAUCCUUAUAAUCAAUGUUGUUUUAACUAAUCUGAAUACUGUAAAGAGAAUUAGCUUAGCUUCUGGUUUGUAUUUUAUAAUGUUCUUAUAUAGCAGUUUCAUAGUGAAGGCAGUUUAAAAUGACAAGCUGAAACUUCAAAUGGGAGAAGAUAAAACUUAAGGAAGUUCGUUGUGUCUUUGCAACCACAAUAAAGGUGAUUUGAAAGA